AUGGAAACCACUUCCUCUCUUUGCAACAAUCAUUCCUUAGCUUCACCUCUUCCUUUUCGUCCUCCCUCGAAAACCGUUUAUACCAAAAUACUGGCCUCGAAAAGAGAUGCCCACAGUCACAACUUCGACGGCAAGCUUGUCGACCAGAACAUGAUCGUGUUAAGAAUGCGGAUUCACGAGAUGACCAAGUCGGAGAAGAGUUACGAACCACCCCGGCAUUGGAUGGAGUGGGAGAAGGAAUACAAGAAAUCAUAUUACGACCUUGAUGUCUGUGAAGCACUAGGGUAUUUGCAAUACAAGUUAAUGGAAACGAGGCCAAGCUUUGCUUUGGGGAUGGCACUUCUUCUUCUGCUUAGCCUACCAACUUCCUUCGCCAUUGUUUUGUUUCAUCUCAUGCAUAUCAUAAAAGGGUUUUACUUAUAA